AUGGGUGGAUCAACCCAUUUCUCUGUUUUCUUACUCGUCGCAAUAAUUUUACUCUGUUCUUCCACCAAAACUGUAAAUGCAACUUGCUAUGCAAGCGAGAAACAAGCUCUUUUGGACUUCAAGAAAGACUUGGAAGAUCCCUUUGGUAGACUCUCGUCUUGGAUACACGACGUUGAUUGCUGCAAAUGGAAAGGAGUUGUUUGUAGCAACCGAAGUGGCCGCGUGAUUCAACUUCUCCUUGAGGGUCCUGAUCCUGAAAUUGAUGAUUUUGGUGAUCAGGAAAUAUCAGCAUUAAGCGGUAAAAUCAGUCAUUCGUUACAAAAUUUGACUCACUUGCGUUACCUUGAUCUAAGUCUAAAUGAUUUCAGUGGAAUUCCAAUUCCCAGUUUUUUUGGGUCUCUCAGAAGUCUAAGGUACCUGAAUUUAUCUGGAGCUGGAUUUCAAGGAAUGGUCCCCUAUCAGCUUGGAAACCUGUCAAGCUUACGCACUUUAAGCUUGGAAACCUAUCGAGUUUCCGAUCUUCAAGUUGAUAACCUGCAAUGGUUGGCUGGUCUCUCCAAUCUGGAGCACCUAGACAUGAGUCGCGUGAACCUUAGUACGGCGUCUAAUUGGCUAGAGGUGAUUAACACGAUCCCUUCCUUGGUAGAGAUACAUCUGCCCUAUUGUCAACUUGAUUUAAUUUCUCAUCAUCUUGGCAGAGAUACAUUUGUCUUCCAUGCCAACUUUUCUUCUCUUACUGUCCUAGAUCUUUCUGGAAAUUUUCUUGGACACCUCAUCCCUAGAUGGAUUUUCGGUCUUACUGCCCUUGCUUCCCUUGAUUUAAGUGAUAACUCGUUUGAAGGUCCAUUGCCAGAGAUCUUAGGAACUUGA